GUGACACGUCACUGGGAACCAAUAAGGAGAGGAGGGGCAGGGAAGCGGUUCCGGGGUCGGUGAAAGAUGGAGGUGGGCGAGUGGAAUUUAUAUCUGUCCAAGUUUUUGAGACUUUUUUUCUCCCUUCUCUUUCCUGGGCUGAUUAUUUGCGGACUUUUAUGUUUUUGUUUGAUUGUUAUCCUUUUGAGAAUCAGAAUAAUGCUACUGAGAAAGAAAGAAUCAGUGUCGUUGUACAGAAAUAAAAAAAACCAGAAGGUGAUCGCAUUUUUUCAUCCAUACUGCAAUGCUGGCGGUGGAGGAGAGAGAGUUUUGUGGUGUGCCCUAAGAGCUCUACAGAAAAAGUACCAUGAUGCAACUUAUGUUGUAUAUACUGGUGAUGAGGAUGUCACUGGUGAGCAAAUCCUAAAUGAUGCUUUCAGAAGAUUCAACAUCAAAUUAGUCCAUCCAGUGAAAUUUGUGUUUUUAAGAAAACGCUACCUUGUGGAAGCAUCACUCUAUCCUCAUUUUACUUUGCUGGGCCAGAGUCUCGGAUCCAUUUUUCUUGGCUUGGAGGCUCUUUGGAAGUGUGUGCCGGAUGUUUACAUCGAUUCCAUGGGUUAUGCUUUCACACUACCACUGUUUAAAUGUUUAGGAGACUGCAAAGUUGGAAGUUAUGUCCACUAUCCCACCAUCAGUACUGAUAUGCUCUCUGUUGUGAGAAAUCAAAAUGCUGGAUUUAACAACGCUACCUUUAUUACAAGAAAUUCUUUUCUCAGCAAAGUGAAGCUCAUCUACUAUUAUUUAUUUGCUUUGAUUUAUGGAUUGGUUGGAUCUUGCAGUGAUGUAGUCAUGGUCAAUUCUUCCUGGACUUUAAACCAUAUUCUAUCCCUCUGGAAGGUCCAGAGUUGUUGUAGCAUUGUUUAUCCCCCUUGUGAUGUGAAGACAUUUCUGGACAUUCCGUUACAUGAAAAACAGACAGCCUCGGAAGCUUUAGUGGUGUCUGUUGGCCAAUUCAGGCCUGAAAAGAACCACCCUUUGCAGAUCAGAGCCUUUGCAAAGUUGCUGGAAGAGAUGGCUACAGAGUGUCCUCCUUCACUUAAACUCAUCCUAAUUGGAGGUUGUCGUAACAAAGAUGAUGAACAUCGGGUAAAUCAACUUAAAAAGCUUUGUGAAGAUCUAGGAGUUCAGGAAAAUGUGGAGUUUCAGAUCAAUAUUCCAUUUGAAGAAUUCAAGCAUUAUUUGUCAAAAGCAAUGAUUGGCCUUCACACUAUGUGGAAUGAGCAUUUUGGAAUUGGGGUUGUGGAAUGUAUGGCUGCUGGGACAGUCAUGCUGGCUCACAAUUCAGGAGGCCCAAAGCUUGAUAUUGUUGUACCUUAUGAAGGUAACAUAACUGGAUUCCUGGCAGAAAGUGAAGAAGAUUAUGCUGAAACUAUGGCUCAUAUCCUUUGUAUGUCUCCUGAAAAGAGGCUUCAAAUAAGGAAGAAUGCUCGUCAGUCUGUUAGCAGAUUUUCUGAUCAAGAAUUUGAAGUGACAUUCCUGUCAUCUGUGGAGAGGUUAUUUAUUUAAAAAAGAAAGAAAGAAAGAAAAAGGGGCUAGGUGGCGCAGUGUGGCCCUAAAGUCAGGAGGACCUG